UUACUUAUCUGCCCUCGCCAACUCAACGCCCAUCUGUACAUUCGCCGAAACUCAGCAAUAAUAACCAAAAAGCUCGACAUCCGCUCCCAUAAACUCAUCGCCAUCGCGUCGCCGACCAAGGGCUACUCUUCCGAGGAUCGGAGUUCCAAACGCUGUCGGUACGGGAGACUGCCUAGAAACGGUGGACGACCAAACCAAAACGAUACCGCUCUUUCUUUGCCAGAUAGUGCCGUAAUACUCUAUGCUCGGGUGGCUCUGUUUGGGAUUAUUCAAAUGGAGAAAAUGUGGUGCGUCACUUCUGACUUGUUUGAACCUAGACUCGGGCAAGCGACAUUCUCCAAAUAGCUCAGGUACUACUUUCUCAUGCUUUAUCCUCCAUACUGGUCGCGUUUCGUCUCCUGCUCUACUCUGCUUCUCAUUCCCCGUUUAUUCAAAUAUCAGUCUCAUUGGUCACUCCCGGGCCAGGUUCCACUUGCGGCACUCCUCAAGAUACCGUACGCGAGUGCUAGGCCACCAACCGCAGUUUGAUGUCGCUAUACCUGGGUUCUGGUCGCUCAGCGAGGACGUAGUCCGAGUCGUCUCAAACACAUCUAUGGGGGCCUGCCACGAACACGCUUCUUCGGAACCCUGCCCGUGCACAUGCUAUCCUUGGUGUGCGACGGGACCACGCGCCAUCUGAAUUAAGCGCGGCUCACUGGCCAUUGAUAGCUUCGAAAAUCAGGCAGGGAUAAUACGGCUCAGACCAGGGCCUGUUGAGGGGGCCGCCGACACGCUCGCUACGGUGCUCUUGAGGGGUCCGCCAUUGAUCCACUCUAACCGUAAGCCUAUCUUAUCUGCUUACCGCUCUCUCUCAUU